ACCUGCCUGCAGAACAAGAGUGACACUUUGACAAAAAAAUUCAGAACUGGAAAGACGUGAAGAAACAGAGUCUGUAAAAUGGCGGCUAAAAUUUCUUUUCUGGAUGAGGACCUCAUUUGCUCUGUGUGCUGUGAGAUCUUCAAGGAUCCUGUUGUCCUGAAGUGCAGCCACAGCUUCUGUAAAUCCUGUGUGCAGCAGUACUGGGAACAGAAGAGCUCCAGAGAGUGCCCCUUGUGUAGGAGAAGGUCCUCUGCUGAAGAUCCUCCACCAAAUCUGGUUUUAAAGAACAUUGUGGAAACAUACCUGAAGAAAAAGAGUGAGGUUGAAGCUGUAGAGAAAACUGAACCUCACUGCAGUGUCCAUGGACAGAAACUCUUGUUUUUCUGCGAGGACGACCAUGAAGUUCUCUGUGUCGUGUGUCAGACUUCAAAAAAACACAGAAACCAUCAGCUCUGUCCAGUGGAAGAAGCUGCAGCAGAAAUGAAGGAAAAACUCAAGACUGCAUUGAAACCAAUAAAGGAAAAACUGAAAAAGUUCAAUGAAGCUAAAAAACUGUGUGAGGACACAAUGAAACAUGUAAAGAAUCAAGCCCAACACACAGAGAAACAGAUAAAGGAGGAGUUUGAGAAGCUCCACCAGUUCCUGCGAGAUGAAGAGGAGGCUAGAUUGGCUGCACUGAGAGAGGAAGAGGAGCAGAAGAGUCAGAGGAUGAAGAACAAGAUAGAAAACAUGUCCAAACACAUCUCCAUCCUGUCAGACAGAAUCAGAGAGGUUGAGGAAGAUCUGAACAAUGAAGACACCAAAUUCCUGAUGACCUUAAUGAGCACACAACAAAGAUCCCAGUGUGAAGUGAAGGAUCCAGAGGUGCUUUCAGGAGCGCUGAUAGAUGUGGCCAAACACCUGGGUUCUCUGAGCUUCAGAGUCUGGGAGAAGAUGCUGCACAUUGUCACAUACACUCCUGUGACUCUGGACCCCAACACUGCAGUCCCCUGGCUCUUUCUGUCUGAUGAUUUGACCUGUGUGAGAAACACUCGAGUCAAACAGCAGCUUCCUGACAACAAAGAGAGGUUUGAUCGCUGUGUCAAUGUGUUGGGCUCUGAGGGGUUUAUUUCAGGAAAACACAGCUGGGAGGUGGAGGUGGGAAACACACCUGAGUGGGAUGUAGGAGUGAUGAAGGAGUCCAUCAACAGGAAGGGUGAGAUUACAUGUAGCCCUGAGGAUGGAUUCUGGGUUGUUGCUCUGAGGAAUGGAGACCAGUAUAAAGCAUACACCUCACCAUCAACAAGCCUCACACUGGAGAAGAAACCCCAGAGGAUCCGGGUUCAGCUGGACUAUGACAAGGGGAAGGUGUCCUUCUUCAACUCCACUGACAUGUCACACAUCUACACUUUUACAGACACUUUCACUGAGAAAUUGUUUCCAUUUUUCUCUCCUUGUGUAAAUGUUGAUGGGAGUAACUCUGGAGCUCUAAAGAUGUGUCCAGUGAAGGUGUCUGUAACUGUCAACUGA